UCCUAAUCGACGACUGCGCAUGCGCAGUAUACCAUUAGAGGGGCGACGCCGUUGUCUGACUCCCUCAAGAACGGAUCAAAACAAACGCUUUACAUUAGAUUUUAGGGACUCGCUUGCUAUUUCUAACAACAUUUCUAACAGCAAGCUUCCCAACAUCGAGGAGACUAAGGAGAAAAAUAAACCAGACUAAACCGAAAGUAGUAACACAGUUACGCGGUCAGACACCAACUACUAACGACUCAAGAUCAGUCCAAUGGCAGCGUCAUGUGUGACCAAGGUGGAGCUGACAAUCUCCUGUGAGAACCUGCUGGACAUGGAUGUGGGGUCCAAAUCCGACCCGCUGUGUGUCCUGCUCAUGAACACAUCUGGAAACCAGUGGUUUGAGGUCGAUCGCACUGAGAGGGUUAAGAACUGCUUAAACCCCAAAUUUGCCAAGAAGUUUGUUGUCGAUUACUACUUUGAGGUAGUUCAGAAACUCCGAUUCAGCGUUUACGAUAUUGACAAUAAAACCGUUGAUUUGAGCGAUGAUGACUUCCUGGGUGAGUUCGAGUGCUCGUUGGGACAGAUUGUUUCCAGUAGCAAGCUGACGAGACCUUUGGUGCUGAAAAACAAAAAACCUGCAGGAAAGGGAACGAUUACGAUCAGUGCAGAGGAAAUCAAGGACAACCGAGUAGUGAAUUUUGAGGCGGAGGCCAGAAAACUGGACAAAAAGGAUUUCUUUGGAAAAUCAGACCCCUACCUGGAAUUUUACAGGCAGAUGGAAACAGGCUGGCAGCUUGCUCACAGAACUGAGGUGGUGAAGAAUAACUUGAAUCCUUGCUGGAAGCCUUUUAAAAUCCCUCUACGGUCUCUCUGUGCAGGAGACAUGGACAAACCAAUCAAGGUUGAAUGUUACGAUUAUGACAACGAUGGAUCUCAUGAUUUGAUAGGGAUUUUUGAGACCAAUAUGAAGCGUCUGCAAGAGGCAUCCCGCAGCGCUCCGGCAGAGUUUGAGUGCAUAAACAGUAAAAAGAAACAGAAAAAGAAAAAUUAUAAGAACUCUGGAGUCGUGAGCGUGAAGGUUUGUCAGAUUACCAGAGAAUACACCUUUUUGGACUACAUCAUGGGAGGCUGCCAGUUAAAUUUCACUGUGGGCAUAGACUUCACAGGGUCAAAUGGUGACCCCAGGUCACCCGAUUCUUUACAUUACAUCAGUCCUCAAGGUGUGAAUGAAUAUCUCUCAGCCAUCUGGUCAGUUGGCCUCGUGGUCCAGGACUAUGACAGUGACAAAAUGUUUCCUGCGUUUGGAUUUGGCGCCCAGAUUCCACCUUCAUGGCAGGUGUCUCAUGAAUUUCCUCUCAACUUCAAUCCCGCAAAUCCAUUCUGUGCUGGUGUGGAGGGUGUGGUGGAGGCCUACAGGAUGUGCCUUCCUCAGGUCAAACUUUACGGGCCUACGAACUUCGCUCCCAUUAUUAACCACAUGGCUCGUUUCGCACAGCAGGCUUUACAGCAGAACACAGCGUCGCAAUACUAUGUCCUGCUGAUCAUCACGGACGGAGUGAUCACGGACAUGGAUCAGACGCGUGGAGCCAUAGUUGCCGCCUCCCGCUUGCCCAUGUCAAUCAUCAUUGUGGGCGUAGGCAAAGCCGACUUCACAGAUAUGGAGAUUCUGGACGGAGAUGAUGGGCGACUGAGGUCUGUCACGGGAGAACCGGCCGUACGAGACAUUGUGCAGUUUGUGCCCUUCAGAAAGUUCCAGAACUCUCCUAAAGAGGAGCUCGCUAAGUGUGUUCUGGCGGAGGUUCCUGGUCAGGUCGUCACCUUCUUUAAAAUGAUGAAGCUCCCGCCUCCGAAGUCAGACACUCCAGUGGACCCUCCAAACGGGCCGACAAAGAACUGAAGGACCUGUUAACUUCCUUCAUACCACAUACAACUCCACAACUGGACAUAAUCAACCUGCUUAUCUAACUUUAGGUCUUCUUAAAGAGAUAUACAGUACCACUAGAUACAUGUGGUUAGUGUUGGUUUAAAAUUCAGUUAUUCAUUUGUUUACUUUUUAAAAAUCAUAUUUAUUCACGUUUCCUUCUGCCAAAUGAUCUUGCAAUGGUCUAUUAUAGAGCUUGUCUGGAUUUAAGUAUCCUACUUUAAAUGAUCAGUUUUUGAAAAAAAAAAAACAAAAAAAAAUUGGGAGGGAGUUUAAGUUUAAAGUCAACCUUGUUAGUGUUGCUAUGAAGGCAUUUUUUAAACUCCAGUGUCAUUCCCACUAAUGUACAAAAUUGUUUACAGUCAGCAUUUUCUCAAUAAUUUUUCAUGUCAUUAUCAUUCUUAACGUCAUAUAUUUUUAUAUUUGUAUAUGAGUUUUUUUUAACCAUUGCCUGACAAAGCCAUUUCUUCAUAUACUUUAUCUAGUGCAUAAUAUCAUAGUAAUCACAUUAAUGUGCCUGAUCAUUUGCAGUUCCUAUACAGAAAUUUGUGCAUGUAUGUUUGAUUUAAUUCUAUGGAUAUCUUAUGGCAGCUUUUUGCAUUGCCAUGUUUUAAUUUUGAGCAGAAUGCACAUAAAGCUAAAGACACUGACGAAUGGUGCUCAGAUCUCAAUCCGUACAGAUGAAAGCCAUUGGUACUGACGUCUGACCGGUCAGUCAUCCUGUUAUGUGCCUGAAUGCACUAUGCAUAAAUACAAGAAUCGUAAUAUACAAAGGUAAUCAGCUUCUUGAAUCAGUAUUAACGGUUUAAGGUGCAAAUUUAGUUUAGUUUGUUUUACAUUUAAUCACAAUGUCUGUAACAGCAUGUUGUGCUUAAUUAGUGCUGAGAGGAAUAUAUGAAAUCGUCUUAAAUGUCAUUAAAAUAAAUCAUAAUGUGUCAGCUCAGCAGCUGCUGAUAUGCCUGUAGCAUGCAUUGUUUCACAUACAGUAAAUAAAACACCAAAACGUGGAUUGUUUAUGAUUUUUUUGUAAUAUUAUUAAGAUACAAUAAAUAAAGAUGACAAUGAAACUACA